UCAUGGAUGUGCAAUCUAAUUCGAAUAAGGAAGCUACCAGUCUCCCGCCUCCUAAUUAUAUAUGUUAUAAUUGCGGCAAAGGUGGACACUGGAUUAAUUUUUGCACCGAAGAACAUUCGAAGAAAACAAUUCAGACUGCACGUAAACCAACUGGAAUUCCAUCAAAAGAAUUAGUUACGGCAACUAAGGACACACCUGGUGCAAUGCUUCUUAAUGGUGAAUGGGUUGUUUCGAAGCUUCAUUUACAAGCGCAAAAAGAAAGCAGUGAAGCUGCAAAGAACCCUUUCAAAAAUGUAUUCGGCAUGAACAAUGGCCACAAUGGGGUGGGGGUUGAUGAAGUUAUGGACAGUAGCAGUGGCAAUCAGCAGACGAGGAGUGGGGGAGGGGUGUUGUACCCCAUGUCAUUUUCCCAACCACUAGUGACUCUGUACCCGCUGAGUAACUACACGUUCGGAACCAAAGAGCCAUUGUUUGAAAGGGAUACAAACAUUUCACAGAGGUUCCAGCGCAUGCGGGAGGAGUACGAGGUGACUGGGAUGCGCAGAAGUGUCGAGGGGGUGCUACUUGUUCACGAACACAACCUGCCCCAUGUACUACUGCUGCAGAUAGGAGCGUCUUUCUUCAAACUGCCAGGCGGAGAAGUGAAGUCGAAUGAGACGCCAAUCGAAGCCCUCCGUCGUCUACUGAACGACAUCCUGGGCAAGCCAUCGAACGAACAGGGCCAGGGGGAUCCAACGCCAGAAGGCGACGACUCCUCCUCGCCUCCCCCCUCCAGUUGGGUGAUCCAGCAGUUGUUGUCCCAGUGGUGGAGACCCAACUUCGAACCCCCUCAGUACCCCUACAUUCCAGCGCAUAUCACCAGACCCAAGGAGCAUAAAUUCCUCUACCUGGUGCAGAUCCCACAGAAGGCGCUGUUCUCUGUGCCCAGGAAUUAUAAACUGGUGGCAGCUCCUCUGUUCGAACUCUACGACAACUCCCCCGGCUACGGACCCAUCAUAUCCAGCCUGCCAAACGUCCUCUCACGCAUGCACUUCAACUACCUCUGACAACCCCAAUCACCUCCCUUGUUAUUUGAAAAAACGUUCACUAGUCCCAUCUCUGUUGUUGUUUUUAUAGUUAUUCGCUGCAAUGUUAUAGCCUCGAAGUCGCAAUGCGAGAAUUUGCCUCCAUUUUGGCUUGAAACAGUCGAUUAUUAAUGUUGA